GGGGCGGGGCGUAGAGGGUCAGCGGGGAAGCAGCUCCGCCGAGCUCCGCCAUGGCGGCCUGCCUGCGCGCUCUCCUCCGCCCCGCCGCCGCCGCCGCCGCCCGCCCCGGGACGCGAGCAUGCACCGCCGGGCCCCCGUUCCAGUAUCUGGCGGUGCAGAAGACGGGGGCGCGGCAGAACGUGGGCCUGAUCCAGCUGAACCGGCCGCAGGCGCUGAACGCCCUCUGCGAGGGGCUGAUGGAGGAGCUGCGGCGGGCGCUGGAGGCCCUGGACAAGGACCCGCAGGUGGGGGCCAUCGUCAUCACCGGCAGCCAAAAAGCCUUCGCAGCUGGCGCAGACAUCAAGGAGAUGCAGAAUAAAACCUUCCAGGACUGCUACAGCAGCGGCUUCCUUUCUGGCUGGGACAAGGUCGCCGUCGUCCGCAAACCCACCAUCGCCGCCGUCAACGGCUACGCCCUGGGAGGCGGGUGCGAGCUGGCCAUGAUGUGCGACAUCAUCUACGCCGGGGAAAAAGCGCAGUUUGGGCAACCUGAAAUCCUGCUGGGGACCAUCCCAGGCGCCGGAGGGACGCAGAGGUUGACCAGGGCAGUGGGGAAGUCGCUGGCAAUGGAGAUGGUUCUAACCGGGGACCGGAUUUCGGCAGCGGAGGCGAAGGAGGCAGGUUUGGUCAGCAAGGUCUUCCCCGUGGAGAAGCUGCUGGACGCAGCCAUUGCCUGCGCCGAGAAGAUCGCCAGCAACUCCAAGCUGGUGGCCGCCAUGGCGAAGGAGUCGGUCAACGCUGCCUUCGAGACGACGCUGACUGAGGGGGCCAGGACGGAGAAGCGGCUUUUUUAUGCCACCUUUGCCACCGGAGACCGCAAGGAGGGGAUGACGGCGUUCGUGGAGAAGCGCAAGGCGAACUUCACCGACAGCUGAUCCCCGAGGUGGUGCAGGUCCCCACAGCCCCCCGCGUCACCCCGUGGAGGGGGGGGGGGGGGGGCGGGUCCAGGACCUGGCGGCGAGCUACACUUGCCUGGAGUGAGAUAACCAGCAGCAGGGACCACCUUUGCCAUCGCUAUUAAAAGGUUUUUUUGGCGCUGCCGGGA